AUGUAUAUGCAAGUCCUUCAGCUUCCCAUCAUUGCACCCAAAGUCUGCAGGAAAAUGUAUAAGGCACCGAUUAAUCUAACAGAGACCAAGGAAUUCUGUGCUGGCUUCUUCAAGGCCAACACUGGAAUCUGUCCCGGUGACAGUGGAGGUCCACUGGUUUGUGAACACAACGGGCAAAAGCUCCUGGCCGGCAUAGUCUCCGCCACUCAUGCGAAAAAACCUGAAAGUUACCCAGCAGUAUUUACUCGAGUCAGCUAUUUUGUCGACUGGGUGAAAUCUGUCAUUGAACCAGAUGCAACCUAG